AAAAUGAAGAGAACGUCUUGUUUAAAACGUAGCACUCCGUGUUCUAACGGAAAACACCCCUGCAGUAUCAGUGGUACGGCCCAGCUACAAGAUGGCGGAAACAGAGAAAACAGAGCUUGCUUCCCCGGCUUCUGGUGACGUUGGCUCCUUUCCACAGACUGCAGACCAGAAAAAGAAGAUUGACGUACUUCUGAAAGGUGCAGGCGACGCCCCUAUCAUGAAGAAGAAGAAGUGGGCGGUAGACCCGACCAAGAAAGUCAGCUGGAUCAUCGAGUUCAUCAGGAAAUACAUCAAGUGUGAACCACACGAGUCACUGUUCCUGUAUGUUAACCAGUCAUUUGCACCAUCACCAGACCAGGAAAUGCAGAAUCUAUAUGAGUGUUUUGGCAGUGAUGGGAAACUGAUACUUCACUACUGCAAGACUCAAGCCUGGGGAUGAUCCACACUUUUGUUGAUAUUUAUCAGAACUGUUUAUUGUUGUUGUAAAUAAUCUAUUAUAGAGAAGUUUAAAUUAUUCUUUGGUCAACCACCUGAAAAAGUGUAGUGUAGACAGUACUACUGAACAUGAUGCAACAGUACCAAACUUAGAUCCUGACUGUCCAUCACAAUUAGCAGCACAAUUAAUGAUAGCAUAUAACAAUUAGUAGUUUGAGAAAGUGGCUGCAUUUCUGUGAAAAAUAUGUAUAUUCUAAGUUUUUUACAUUUUGACAGAGGAGGGCAGGCCUAUGGGUUUUGCCUAUCAGUUAAAUUCCUUCCCACCCCAUACGGUGUUUGGGGCCGCACCCAUCUCUGUUUCUAUAGCCCUUGGGCCACACAGCAAGUACUACAGUUGUGGGCUAGUCUACUACCAUACUGGUGGUGGUGUGUGUUCAACUGUCAUGCUUUUAAUUUAAACAUUCUGGGUGUAAAGCAGCAGUACAUGUGUGUACUGGGAUGGGGAUUGAACCCCAAGCAUGUGAGACCAGCAACUGACCAACUCAAGCAGUUAAAGAGACAACAACAAUGUAAAGCAAACAAUCUACACACAACAACAAAGUCAGAUUACCAGUGGCACAGAUGCAUUUGUUAUCAGGCCCAACAGAGUGCUGGAGUCUUAAACAUACAUAAGGUAUUGUCCUUUAUUAUCCAGUUUAACUGACUGAAUGGAUAAUCUUCAACUGUUUAUGACUGAAAAAUACAGAUGAUAUCAGUAAAAUUGUUGUUUGUGAACUGAUUUAUGUCUACAGACAUCAUUCUGCAUUAUACAAUGUAGUACAUACUGUUUUACCUUGUUUAUUUGGCAAAGGUGUGUCUUAGGGGAACUCUAGUUGUAAUUAAGAUUAAUUCUACUAGAUCCCAGAAUCACAAUUAUGUUACUUUUGAAUUCUCUGAUUGGUAUUGUUAUGAUUAUUUUGAAAUCUUUGGUUAUCAUUUAGUUUUUUUUUUUUUAAUUGGACUACCUUUAGUUGCUUGUUCUGUUUUGUAUUGUUAUGGUUACAUUGAAAUCUUUGGUUAUUAUUUGCGUUGUUAUUGUACACAAGUCUUCAGGUAUUUAAUUUGUACCAUUAUUAUCAUUCUGUUGGAUGGUUCCCUAAUCUUCAAGCAGAUCCUACUGUAGCAUAAGAUAGUAUCAAAAGCUACCAGCUUCCUUUCAAACUACAGAAUAUAAGAUAUUUUCCUGUAGAAAAGUAUUUUACACUCACGAAUAGUAGCAUUGGGAAUCACACAGAUACUACAGUAUGAUGCGCGUUCAUUAAGCUAGAUAUCUUCUUUCCUCAAACGUCAACAAUCACUAUCAAAGCAACACAUUUUACAAAUCAUGCGGAGGGUUAUGUGCGGACAUUUACUGACCUGAAAAACAUCUAUAAAUUCAAUAAAAGGAGGUCCAACUUCA